AUGCCUAAACGCAUCAUCAUCGACACCGACCCAGGCGUCGAUGACAUCCUAGCCCUCCUCCUCGCCUUCUCCGCAUCCUCGGCCGAGCUAGAAGUAGCACUCAUCUCCCUGACGUUCGGCAACAUCGAGAUAAAGAAGUGUCUCCGCAACGCGGUGUCGGUGUUCCACGUUAUUGAGAAGGAACUCGCUCAUCGCGGGGAGGCGGGGAAGGGCGCCUUCUCUGCGCUCAAGGCAUGCCGACCCAUUCUUGCCUGUGGCGCCGAGGGCCCUCUGGACGGUAGCAAGUGCCCCCACCUCUCCGCCGACGACACCUACCAGGCCCUGUUUGAGGGUGAAGAAGAGGCCGCAGACACAGGCGAGAAGCUGUAUAUACCUUCUCGCAGCCGUCUCAUCUGGAGAUCCUCCGCCUGCUGCGCGAGAAUGAGAAGACAGCAUUACCAUUGUGGCCGUGGCCCGCUGACGAACCUUGCCCUAGCCGCGGCCGAGGACCUGCCUACCUUCCUGCGAGCCAAGGAGGUAGUCGUCAUGGGCGGGGCCAUCGACGAGCCAGGAAAUGUCACCCCCUUCGCGGAGUUCAACGUCUUCGCGGACCCCCUAGCCGCCGCCCAGCUGAUAGCGCUGACAUCGCUUAACCCACGGCGCACCUGGCCCGCAGCCUCGCCAAUGGCCCCUCCACGACGUCUAGACAAGAGACUUACUCUAAAGAUGGCACCGCUGGACCUGACGCACACGCAGAACUUCACUCCGACAGCCUUCCGCGUCGCCAUCACGCCGCACCUGCAGCGCAGCUCUCCGCUGGCCGAGCUGGUCUCGACCGUGGUCGAGCACACCUUUAGCACGAUCCGGGAGCUCAAGCUGGCCCGACACGAGGCAGCGACCACGGAAGAGGAGAUGAGCCUGCACGAUCCCGUGUGCGUGUGGUACGUGCUGACGGGCGGGAGCGAGACAUGGCGGUGGCAGGAGCGAGACGUGCGGGUCGAGACGACGGGCCAGUGGACGCGGGGCGCAACGGUGGUGGACAGGCGGCUUGUCGGGCGGGUUGACGCCGACGUGGUGGACAAGGUGGUGGUGGAGGACGAGGAGGAGAUCGCAGCCGCGGCGGCGGAGGAGCAGGAGGACGACCGCGGCGGGUGGAGGGCGGGCGGCAACCGCGUGGGCGUGCUGGAGCGCGGGCCUGAUAGCUUACUAAGCGAGGAGCUCCUCAGGCGGGUUUUUAGCCUGUAG